AUGUGGCGGGUGCACUGGGAGCGGCACCAGCCCCGCCACGUCCACAAUCUGUGGCGCGCCCUCGGCCACUCGCUGGGCGUGCACACCUACUUCCGCAGCAACAGGCUCAAGCUGGUGGGCGUCGUGCCGCCCUACUCGGCGACGUCGUCACGCCGGGAGCCAUGCCCCGCCUGGCCGAUCCCCGAAUCGCCAACCUGGCCGGCCGCCGUAUCGCCGGGUGCAGCGGCGCCCGGCCAGGUGGAGUACGACGCGCGGCGGAAGCUCCUGUGGAUCAAGUGUGCAGCCCCUUCGGGCGUGCCCGCGCCAGAGGGAUCAGCUGCCAACGAGGACGCCGAGGCUGCCGAGAGCCGGCGACGAGAGGAAGAGGGCUGGGUUGCCGUGCGCGAGGUCCAGAUCGAGGGGCGGCGCGUGAUGGGGGCCGCGGCCUUCAAGAAUGGGUUCCUGGCCCCGUCCCACACCUCCCGCCUCCCGCCCGUCUCCUUUCACACCACCGACGACCCCGCGUGA